GCGCUCUCAACGCUCGCUGCUGACAACUCCCAGUUCCUACUUUCUCUGUGGACGCCUGGAGCCGAGUCAUCCUUGGUCUUUUUCACGAAACAGCAAGGAUGGAGGAGAACUUCACAGGAAUAAGCUCCACAACGCCGUCGGUGGAUGAUCUUCUUCAGCCAGGGCACGAGUACGGAACCGAGAAUGAGACGACUUCUAAACUGCUCGACGACGCAGCAGGUUUCCUCAUAGACACAAGAGAGGCUGAAGCGAAAGAAUUUCUCGACGACGACGAUAUUUUGGACCUGGCUGGCGGGGCUCAAGAUGCUCUCGAGAGGCACAGGUCCACGUUACCGCGUUACGACGAGGAGCCAACGGUAGACUCAUUCUCGGACCCAACUCCAGAGCCAGAACCAGAGCUAGAGCCCGAACCAGAACCAGAGUCUUCUGUUCCAGACCCAGAACCUGUAACAGCACCUCACGAACUGGUUAGUGGUUUGGGUGAUGCCAGCGGCAAACUUUCAAAAGAGGAAGAUGCCCCUCCAAAAGAAGAAAAGACUGCCACCGUCAUCCCAAAGUCUAGAGCAAAAUCAGGCCCAUUGGUGGACCUGCUGUACUGGCGUGAUACCCAGCGGUCGGGGGUGGUGUUUGGGGCGAGUCUGUUCCUGCUGCUGUCGCUGUCGGUCUGCAGCAUCGUGAGCGUGUGCGCCUACGUGGCCCUGGCCCUGCUCUCCGUCACCAUCUCCUUCCGCAUCUACAAGGGCAUCCUGCAGGCCGUGCAGAAGUCAGAGGAGGGACACCCCUUCAAGAUGUACCUGGAGAACGACGUGAGCGUGCCCACCGACCUGGUGCACAAGUACAGCGAGCUGGGCCUGCGCCACGUCAACACCGCCAUCAAGGAGCUGCGCCGCCUCUUCCUGGUGGAGGACCUGGUGGACUCCCUCAAGUUUGGUGCCCUGCUGUGGAUCCUCACCUACAUCGGUGCCUUUUUCAAUGGCCUCACCCUCUGCAUCAUGGGACUGGUUGGAGUGUUCAGCUGGCCAGUGAUUUACGAGAAACACAACGUCCAGAUUGACCAUUACUAUGGGAUGGUUAGCAGUCAAGUCAAGGAUGUUAUUGGGAAGAUCCAGGCCAAAGUCCCUGGACUGAAGCCUAAAUCGGAGUGAAAUGACAGAGCUUGAGCUGGUGUGUGUGUGUGUCCAUGUUUGUCCAUGUUUUGGGAAGCGUGUGUGUGUGUGUGUGUGUGUGUGUGUGUGUUUGUGUUUGAGAGGGAGGGAUGUGAAUGGAUGGAACCAUGGAGGAAGGAGUAUGAUGGAGGAGAGGACGAACACAAGGCCUUCGACGUUGUAAUGUACACUCGUCCUUUCGUUUUUCUGUUUAGGUCGUUUUUUUUUUUCUCCCUGCAGUCCCGCCAUCAGAUGAACUAACCCUCUCUAAUCUGAUAACCGCCGUCUCUGUCCGUACCAGCUCAAUGUUGUACCCCACCGUAACUUAAGAAAGAAUAAAUAAAUAAAUUCAUGAACUUAACUAAAUGAAAUAGCAGCUUUUUGUAACAUCAAUAAGGAAUGUCUCACAACCUUGUUGAUCACACUUUGUCGCUAUGGGAGAUGUUCACCUAAGGAGAAUGUUUUGAUGUUUUUGUUUGUUUGUUUGUUUGUUUUGCCUAAAAUUUGCUAUCCCAAUGCAUACAGUAGUUCUCAGUUUCACAAAAGCGGUGGCAAUCAGAUUUGUUUGUAAAGGGACUAAAACAUUCAUGGGGGAUAACGUGGCGCCAACACAGGAACUACUGUCACGUUUUUUUUUUUUUUUCCUUUUCCCCUCUUAGCUUUUCUUGUUGUUUUUAGGGGUGUCGGGAUGUAAUUGACAUGUAGUGUUUUAAUUGCCAUUCAUUCAUGACUUACUUGUCAUUCAAGACAAAAAACUGCUUAGUUUCAGCGUAUGAGCUUUGAGUCAUUUUAUAGGAGUCAGUCAAUCGCCUACUGUUGUCGCACCAUUAAUUAAGCACCAUCUUUUUUUUUCUUUUUGCUGUUGUGUGGAUGAAAUGCAAGAAGUGAAGCUUUUUAUUUCUUCCUGUCACCCUGUUGCAGCUGACUAGAAUGUGUGGAAGCAAUGAUGAGGGGGGGGAAAA